AUGGAUGGAAGCCACUGGCUUAGCAUGCGGGCAGUGGUUGAAAAGCUCACCGAGAGAGGACAUGAAGUGGUGGUACUUAUACCAGAAGUAAGCUGGCAGAUGAAGACAACAGAGGCAUACACCGUGAAAACAUACCCGGUGUCUUACACAUUAGAACAGCUGGAUAAUGCCUUUCACGAGUACGUUGCUGCUCACCUGAAGGACCUGCCUUUCCCGCUGAACGCUCUUGCACUGUACAACAGCUCAGUGCAUGUUUUCCAGAUGUUCUACCUUCAGUGCAAGAACCUGUUCAGCAGCAAGGAGACCCUGCAGUACUUGAAUCAAAGCAACUUCGAUGCUGUCCUAACAGACCCCGUUUUCAUGUGCGGAGUGACAGUCGCUAAUUAUUUUUCUCUUCCCUUUGUGUUCUUCAUGAGGGGAUUUCCUUGCAACUUACACUACGAAGCACCGCAGUGCCCAAGCCCUCUGUCCUACACCCCGAGACUAUUUACCUUCAACUCAGACCACAUGACUUUUUUCCAGAGAGUGGAAAAUGCUCUGGUUGCCCUCCUGGAGCUUGUGUACUGUAAUGGUUUCUAUGCAGACGCAAUAAAGUUUUCCUCCGAAGUUCUUCAGAGAGAUGUAACCCUGCUAGACCUUGUGAACUCUGCUUCUAUUUGGCUUCUGAGAUUUGAUUUUGUGUUUGAGUACGUCAGACCAGUGAUGCCCAACAUGGUCUUUAUUGGAGGUAUAAACUGCGCUCAGAAGAAACCACUGUCUAAGGGUGUUGAUGAACCUACUGACAGUUCAGAGCAGCCCGAUAUCACGUCAGCACCUGGUUGUUAUUCUUUUGUAAAGAAUAUUGAGCGCCUUUAA